GAGGUUACUUUUACUUCUACCUACGCAAUAAAUUCUUACUCCUUGACCUUGUGGGCUUGCCCAGUUGCCCUGUGCCGUAAAACAAUAAUAGAAGAGAUAAAGCCACCAUGUUGACGGUGAUCAAGCUCAUCUGGGUUUCAUAUCUGCUUUUCUUGGUCGGUUCUCAGGAUUCUAAUUCCAUUGCACAAGGCCAAUUCCUCUCCAUCCAAACGAAACCUGACCCGGACGACUCUGCUGCCUCCGCUCGCUGGUUACUUUCUCUCAAUUCCUGGGGUGUCUUGAAUACUAUCUCAACUGAUCUGGAUGGAGCGCCCUUUGGGAAUGUGGUAUCAUUUAGCGAUGGACCUCCAAAUGAAGGCAGUGGGAUCCCAUACUUUUACUUGACAACUCUUGAUCCAACAGCAAGAAAUGCAUUAAAAGAUGAAAGAGCCUCGUUCACAGUUAGUGAAUACCCUCUCGGGACCUGCGGUAACCUUGACCCAGAGAACCCUGCGUGUUCAAAAAUUACUCUAACUGGAAAGCUUAAAUUGGUUGAUGAUUCCAAGGAAGCCGAAUUUGCAAGAAUUUCCUUGUUUUCCAAGCACUCAGAGAUGAAGGGUUGGCCUGAGGGUCACAACUUUCAAGUCUUCAAAUUAGAAAUAGAAGACAUAUUUCUAAUCGAUUGGUAUGGCGGUCCGAAACCUCUCAGUGUGGACGAGUACCUGCAUCCCAAAACGUAGGAGCAGUCUUGGCUUCAUUGUGUGAAUGCUCUUCUAAGUCAUUUCUAUUUUGGGCUAUCUGCAAAUGCACAUAUUCAUUGGAGCUAUUGUAAAUAUAAGAUAAGUUGUAUAUGUUGUUUCAAAUCUUUGCAUUCCUUCCCAAAUACUCUUGUAUUCUUGUACCAUCGCUAUAUAUCCCUUCCCCAUUUUAGAUGCUUCUCCAAGCAUCGUAAUGUUGAAGAGGAAACAGCGUAAGCUACUGCUGUUAACCCUCUACUUUAAGCUUUUUAUAGACAAACAAAUUGUGUAUACUUGACCAAUGUGGCUAUUAAAUAUGAACAUAUGUUGCAACGGUUCAGUGUGCCCUAUUUUA